CUGAGUCUUGAAUUUUGUAAAUAUUUCUGUUAAUCGGAUACUAUUCGGUCCUUUCCCGUAUUUAAUAAACUUGAACAAUAAAAAUGUCACAAAGAGGUUUGUCGGAAAUGAAGCCGGACUAUUUUCGUAUUGGGGAAAUAAAUUUUUCAUGGCCCGGUGAAAAUGGCACGUUUCGUGAUUUUGGAUCUGUAAAUUACACUAUGCCUUCAGGUCCAUGGUAUUGGCCAUGGUGCCCGCUAUGGAGAAUCUCUCAGCAUCCAAUAUUUCAGCUAUCGAACAUUCUAUUCGUGGCUGCAUACUGUGCUCCUAGUACUAAAAAGGGACAGCUCUGGAUGCACACAAUUUUAAUUUUUGGCUUCAUGUUGUACUCGGUGUGGGCCUGGCACGUGAUAUGUUCGCCGGACGCCUUCUCCUGGAAUUUUGGUUUUGUGUUCUUGAACUUGGGGCAGGUGGUCUACCUGGUGUAUGAGAUGAGACCUGUUAAGUUUGAUCCGGAGUUGGAAGAGGUGUAUCACACCCUUUUUGAGCCGUUCAAGGUGUCAAGACUGCAGUUCAAGCGCAUGGUGUCCCCGGACUUCGCGCACGUGAUGUCCCUGCACGCGGGCGAGGCGUACGCCAUGCAGAACCUCACCAAAACCGACAGGCUUGGCCUGCUACUCUCGGGAAAGGUAAACGUGAUGAGUGGCCAUCAGUUUCUACAUCCGAUACUCCCCUGCGAAUUCCUGGAUUCACCUGAAUUCGAAUCCAGCAGAGCAACAAUAGAUGAAAAGUUUAAGGUAUCAAUAGUCGCAGCGUCAUCCUGCCGAUACGUGUACUGGCAGCGCAGCUCGCUAGAGUAUCUAUUCGUGAAGGAGCCAUACCUAGCCGGCGUGAUAACCACCCUCAUAGCACGUGACAUCACCACCAAGCUGUACGCUAUGAACAAUAAGAUCAUGACGGACCGGGGUUCUCAUUUAGACAUCAGGCUGCCGAGUAUAAGUCAUGCGUUAGCGCGGAGUCCGAGGCGGCUGCGGGCGACGGCGAAACCACCGCUGUCGACGACUGUACAGCCAGUACCGCCAGAGAAGAGACCAAGUUGCUGGACGCGUGAUACCGACACGGGGCCUGCUAUACCAAAACGGAACGGCAUGACGUCGUUUAUUGAUGAGGACGAGGAGUUAAUACCUCUGGCUGCUCAUGAAGCACCGACUGCCUCCUCUGACGACCUCUCCCUGGCUGAGAGUCUACCUGACACCUCGUCCAAAUACCACAGCUGCGAGGCGGUUGAGACUGACGAUGAUUUGAGACACUAAUGGAUGAAUUGCGAUUGAUGAUUUAGAGAUACUAAUGGAUGAAUUGCGAUUGAUGAUUUAGAGAUACUAAUGGAUGAAUUGCGAUUGAUGAUUUAGAGAUACUAAUGGAUAAAAAGCGGUCAAAGAUAGAUGCAAUGACCAAAGGAUAGUUGAAAAAAUAAUGCUUGAGUUACGGCCAUACUUAUAAUGGUUACUUUUUAAUUUAGUGAAAAGUACAACAGGAAACUUUCAGUUUUUGUUCGAAAUCUUAGUUAAAUUAAAAUAGUUAUUACUUAUUAAUUAUUAAGGAUCGCUACAAUAUUUUAACUAUUUGAUUUCGGCUAUUAUUCCGGCCUCCGUGUGAAUCUCUUUCAGUAGACUGUAAGGAAACUCAGCGAUAUUUUUCAAACAAAUCUCGCUUAACAAUAAAAAAUCAUAAGUACUUAUUCUAAAGUUAUCUAAAAUUACGCUUGUUUAUUCGUAAACCCGAUUCGGUAUUCGGCACUAACACAAUAUUAGUUAUAUUGUGUUAGUGCAAGACUGAGAUCCAUUCUAUGUUAUUCAUUUAGCUUUAUUAUAAUAAGAUAAGCCAAGUAGAAACUUCAACAAUUAAGCAUUUAAAAUACAAUGAGACCUAGCGACAUAUAACUUUACUAUGUUUGUCACAAAAUAAACAAUUAAUAUUUCACAAUAAAUUACAAAAUGCAAUUCUCUAGUUCAUUUUAAUUGUGUUUCAGUCCAUGCAAAACAUUCAUUAUGUAGGUUCUAGUUUCGCAUUGAAUGUUACUAGCGCUAUCGGCAUUGUGCUGUACCGUUUUAAUAACACCCUACACUAUACAAUUCUACACCAAGCAAGAUCAUUAAAUGACGUCACAGUGCUUUUGCUUGGAAAGUAUAGUGUAUUCAAUAGUAAUGAUUUUGUUUCUGGAAUAUUUAAACCAAUUUUGAUUCGUUUUAAAUUACAUUUUUAUGAAUAAGUAAUGCGGUUUGAAUCAUUCAGGUAUUUAACUAAAAAUUGGUAAAGUUCGUUAUAGGGUCCCGUUUUAACCAUUUGGGCACAGAAACCUAAAAUCGUUGUUUUUUAGUAAACGAAGAAACUUAUAAGAUUCUGUAAAGAAAAUAGUUAUUGUAAAGAAUCCAGUGCAAUUUAUAUUCAUGCAGUUACUACUUACUCGUCCUGAUAUUAUGUUAACAAUA